GAAGAACGACGAUUGAAAAACAACAGUGGCAGUGGCAUUUAUUUUAAUCGGCGAAUUUGCUGAGCGUCAUCAACGUUGUGAUGUUUCUUUUCUGAUUCUGAUGUUAUUUAUUUCUUUCAAAAACUUUAUUGUAAAUAAAAUUGUUCAUUGGAUUAUUUUUUAGUGUUGCAUGGAUCCAAAUUGUAACUAAGUGAAUCAGUUGAAACAUGUAUGAACUAGAUGAAGAGCAAUAUGAAGAGGAGGACAAUGAAGAGAUUUCAAGUGAACUGUGGCAGGAAGCCUGCUGGAUUGUUAUCAACGCCUACUUCGACGAGAAAGGUCUGGUGCGACAGCAGCUGGAUUCUUUCGAUGAAUUUAUUCAAAUGUCGGUGCAAAGGAUAGUCGAGGAUUCGCCUCAGAUCGAGCUGCAAGCCGAGGCUCAGCACACGCAUGGAGAGAUCGAAACUCCGCCGCAUUUUCUGCUGAAAUUCGAGCAGAUCUAUCUGUCGAAGCCGACCCACUGGGAGAAGGACGGUUCGCCAUCGCCUAUGAUGCCCAACGAAGCGCGCCUGCGCAACCUCACCUACUCGGCACCUCUCUACGUCGACAUUCUCAAAACACACAUCAAAUACGGAGAGGAGCCGGUUGAGACUCAACACCAGAAAUCUUUCAUAGGCAAAAUUCCGAUCAUGCUGAGAUCCACGUACUGUUUGCUCAGCGGCCUCACAGAUCGUGAUCUUACUGAGUUGAAUGAGUGCCCUCUAGAUCCCGGCGGCUACUUCAUUAUCAACGGAUCUGAAAAGGUUUUGAUCGCUCAAGAAAAAAUGGCCACCAACACAGUGUACGUGUUCAGCAUGAAAGAUGGCAAAUAUGCUUACAAGGCUGAAAUAAGAUCUUGCUUGGAACAUUCUUCUCGGCCUACGUCAACUUUGUGGGUCAAUAUGAUGGCGAGGGGUGGUCAGAGCAUCAAGAAAUCGGCCAUUGGUCAAAGAAUCAUUGCCAUCCUGCCGUACAUCAAACAAGAAAUUCCCAUUAUGAUUGUGUUCAGAGCUUUGGGUUUUGUGGCUGACAGAGAUAUUCUGGAACACAUCAUCUAUGACUUCGACGAUCCAGAAAUGAUGGAAAUGGUGAAGCCAUCGCUGGACGAGGCGUUUGUGAUUCAGGAGCAGAAUGUUGCACUGAACUUCAUCGGAACUCGCGGCGCGAAGCCCGGUGUCACCAAAGAGAAGCGAAUCAAGUACGCACGUGAAAUCCUGCAGAAGGAAAUGUUGCCACACGUCGGUGUUUCCGACUUUUGUGAAACUAAGAAGGCUUAUUUCUUGGGGUACAUGGUACACAGACUGCUGUUGGCAGCACUGGGUCGUCGCGAGCUGGACGACCGCGAUCACUACGGCAACAAGCGACUCGAUCUGGCCGGACCACUGCUCGCUUUCCUUUUCAGGGGUUUAUUCAAGAACCUGAUGAAGGAAGUAAGAAUGUAUGCACAGAAGUUCAUCGACAGAGGAAAAGACUUCAACCUGGAGCUUGCUAUAAAGACGAAGAUAAUCACGGAUGGGCUGAGGUAUUCGUUGGCCACUGGAAACUGGGGCGACCAGAAGAAGGCUCAUCAGGCUCGUGCUGGAGUAUCUCAGGUGUUGAAUAGAUUGACGUUCGCGUCAACCCUGUCGCAUUUGAGACGAGUGAACUCCCCCAUCGGAAGAGAUGGUAAACUAGCAAAGCCUCGUCAACUUCACAAUACUCUAUGGGGUAUGAUAUGCCCCGCUGAAACCCCCGAAGGAGCGGCUGUAGGACUUGUCAAGAAUCUGGCGCUCAUGGCGUACAUCUCUGUUGGAUCGCAACCCUCCCCCAUCCUCGAGUUCUUGGAAGAGUGGAGCAUGGAAAAUCUGGAAGAAAUUGCACCGUCAGCCAUAGCAGAUGCCACUAAAAUAUUUGUCAACGGUUGUUGGGUUGGUAUUCACAGAGAUCCUGAACAGUUGAUGGGAACACUGCGCAAACUGAGACGUCAGAUGGACAUCAUUGUGAGUGAGGUGUCGAUCAUCAGAGACAUUCGCGACAGAGAAAUCAGAAUCUACACCGACGCCGGACGAAUUUGUCGGCCGCUGCUGAUCGUUGAGAACGGUCAACUGCUUCUCAAGAAGAAGCACAUCGAAAAUCUCAAAGAAAAGGACUACAAUAAUUAUGGUUGGCAAGUGCUUGUGUCAAGUGGUGUGGUGGAGUACAUUGACACCCUGGAGGAGGAGACGACCAUGAUAGCGAUGUCGCCGGAUGACCUGCGUCAGGACAAGGAGUAUGCCUACUGUACCACCUACACGCACUGCGAGAUCCACCCGGCCAUGAUACUCGGUGUGUGCGCCUCUAUUAUUCCCUUCCCCGAUCACAACCAAAGUCCCAGGAACACCUAUCAGAGCGCUAUGGGGAAACAGGCGAUGGGCGUGUACAUCACCAACUUCCACGUGCGAAUGGACACGCUGGCUCACGUGCUGUUCUACCCGCACAAGCCACUGGUCACCACUCGCUCCAUGGAGUACCUGCGCUUCAGGGAGCUUCCUGCCGGCAUCAACUCUGUGGUCGCCAUCGCCUGCUACACCGGAUACAACCAGGAGGACAGUGUCAUUCUCAACGCCUCCGCUGUCGAGCGCGGAUUCUUCAGAUCGGUUUUCUUCCGAUCUUACAAAGAUGCAGAAUCGAAGCGUAUUGGAGACCAAGAGGAGCAAUUCGAGAAGCCCACCAGACAGACGUGUCAGGGAAUGAGGAAUGCCAUUUAUGACAAAUUGGACGAUGAUGGCAUCAUUGCUCCCGGUCUGAGAGUGUCUGGUGACGAUGUGGUUAUUGGCAAAACCAUAACACUGCCCGAUAAUGAUGACGAGCUGGAAGGUACAACAAAGAGGUUCACGAAGAGAGAUGCCAGUACUUUCCUGCGUAACAGUGAGACGGGAAUCGUCGACCAAGUCAUGUUAACCUUGAACUCUGAGGGUUACAAGUUCUGCAAAAUUCGAGUCAGGUCUGUGCGUAUCCCGCAGAUUGGCGAUAAGUUCGCUUCCCGACAUGGCCAAAAAGGAACGUGUGGAAUACAGUAUCGUCAAGAGGACAUGCCUUUUACAAGCGAGGGAAUCGCACCGGAUAUUAUUAUCAAUCCUCACGCUAUCCCAUCUCGUAUGACAAUUGGCCAUUUAAUUGAAUGUCUCCAAGGAAAGGUGUCGUCGAACAAGGGCGAGAUAGGUGACGCGACGCCGUUCAACGACGCCGUCAACGUGCAGAAGAUCUCGACGCUGCUGCAGGAGUAUGGCUACCAGCUGCGAGGCAACGAGGUGAUGUACAACGGCCACACCGGGCGCAAGAUCAACGCGCAGAUCUUCAUCGGUCCCACCUACUACCAGCGCCUCAAGCACAUGGUCGACGACAAGAUUCACUCAAGAGCGCGCGGCCCUGUACAGAUACUCGUGCGACAGCCUAUGGAGGGCAGAGCUAGGGACGGUGGAUUACGUUUUGGAGAGAUGGAGCGAGAUUGCCAGAUAGCCCACGGCGCUGCCCAGUUCCUCAGAGAGAGAUUGUUCGAAGUGUCCGAUCCUUACCGAAUUCAUGUUUGCAAUUUUUGUGGUUUGAUUGCUAUUGCCAACCUGCGCAAUAAUACCUUUGAAUGCAAGGGCUGCAAGAAUAAGACUCAGAUAUCGCAAGUCCGACUUCCUUAUGCAGCGAAGCUUCUAUUCCAAGAGCUAAUGGCAAUGAACAUAGCGCCCCGAAUGAUGACUGUCGUUUAAUUUUAAUUUUGAGUAUUAUUCUCUUGAAUUAGGUUAUUUCUAUUUUACAAUAAAACAAUAUUUCAAGAACA